CAAAUACACAGAGCCAGCACAGCUUGCAGCACAGAGCCCCCCUGUGGGCCUUGCCUUGUGGAUUUUAAUUUUUCGGUUUGGACUUGGUUAGGAUAAUUUAUGAUCGGGAGCUGUGCGUCGUGGAGAAUCAGUCUGAGCCGCUUGUCAUCUACAUUAACUGUGACUGAGGCAGCAGUAAUAUGACUGAGAAGGAAGGUGACAAUUUUGAUGAUGCUGUUGAGGAGCGUGUCAUCAAUGAAGAAUACAAGAUCUGGAAGAAGAAUACCCCCUUCUUGUAUGACCUGGUGAUGACCCAUGCCUUGGAAUGGCCUUCACUUACAGCUCAGUGGCUACCUGAUGUCACCAGGCCGGACGGCCGGGACUACACCGUGCACCGGCUGAUCCUGGGCACGCACACCUCCGACGAGCAGAACCACCUGCUGAUCGCCUCUGUGCAGCUGCCGACCGAGGACGCCCAGCUGGACCCGUCCCACUACGACAGCGAGCGGGGAGAGUUUGGCGGGUUCAGCUCCGUGAACGGCCGGAUCGACAUCGAGAUCAAGAUCAACCACGAGGGCGAGGUGAACCGGGCGCGCUACAUGCCGCAGAACCCGUGCGUCAUCGCCACCAAAACGCCCAGCUCCGACGUACUCGUGUUCGACUACACCAAACACCCGAGCAAGCCGGACCCGGGCGGCGAGUGCAGCCCCGACCUCAGGCUGCGCGGCCACCAGAAGGAGGGCUACGGCCUCUCGUGGAACCCGUCGGUGAACGGUAACCUGCUGUCGGCCUCGGACGACCACACCAUCUGCCUCUGGGACAUCAACGCCACGCCCAAGGAGAACAAGGUGGUGGACGCCAAGAGCAUCUUCACCGGCCACACAGCUGUGGUCGAGGACGUGGCCUGGCACCUGCUGCACCCGACCUUUUUCGGCUCGGUGGCGGACGACCAGAAGCUGAUGAUUUGGGACACGCGCUCGACGGCCACCAACAAGCCGUCGCACAUCGUGGACGCCCACUCGGCCGAGGUCAACUGUCUGUCGUUCAACCCGUACUCGGAGUACAUCCUGGCCACCGGCUCGGCCGACAAGACGGUCGCCCUCUGGGACCUGCGCAACCUCAAGCUCAAACUGCACUCGUUCGAGUCGCACAAGGACGAGAUCUUCCAGGUGCAGUGGUCGCCGCACAACGAGACGAUCCUGGCGAGCAGCGGCACCGACCGUCGCCUGCACGUCUGGGACCUGAGCAAGAUCGGCGAGGAGCAGUCGGCCGAGGACGCCGAGGACGGGCCGCCCGAGCUGCUCUUCAUCCACGGCGGCCACACAGCCAAAAUCUCCGACUUCUCGUGGAACCCCAACGAGCCGUGGGUGGUGUGCUCCGUCUCCGAGGACAACAUCAUGCAGGUCUGGCAGAUGGCAGAGAACAUCUACAACGACGAGGAGUCGGACGCCCAGCCGUCUGAGCUGGAGGCCAACCGAGACUGAACAGCCGGCGCCGGAGGGCGGGACGGGGGGAGGGGGGUGGCAGGCCGGCCCGGCAGUCAGGGCCAGGCUGCCACCGCCGCCACUGAGGGCUGCGGCCCGUGUUAUGUGAUUGGCCGCGAUGCGCAGCAUGCCGCUGAAUAAAUGGGACCUGUUUUGUACAAUG